AUGGCGGGCUUCAAUUACGAGUUCCUCGUCUUCAUCAUCGUCUCCGCGGCCCUUGCCAUCUUCUUCCUGCUGUACUUCAACCGACUGUUCGGCUCCAUCGUCUCGUAUGGCAUCAGGACCUGGACAUGGCAUCGAUACCGCAUAUACCUCGACAUACAGGCGCUGCAGGUCUCGCUGCUAGCCGGCCGUAUAUUCUUCACCGGCUUGCGAUACCACGGCGCCAAUGAAACCUUCCUGGUGCAACACGGAGACAUCACCUGGCGAUACUGGCUGCGCCGCGUGCGGGAGGUCAGCAUAUCCGCGUCGAAUGCGAACAAGGAAAACGUGGUAUCGGAAAGGGAGGCUUCUCCUACUCUACCAUGCCGCAUCAACGUGAACCUUGUCGGCGUCGAGUGGUUUGUCUACAACCGCAGCCCGGCAUACGACUCGGUUCUUGCCGGCAUUAUUAACCCGACCUCGCCCGGCUCGAGCUCCAGCACAGGGACCUUUGACGAGAAAGGAGACGCAGGGUUACGAUCGCGAAACACGAAACACGAUGACUUGUCCGAACGAGAGCCGCCGAUAUCCCGGGACAGGAGCAACAAGCCGCUUAAUGGAAACGGGAGGUCAGAAUUGGGGAGUCGACCCAGCACCGGCUCCAGCAGCAGCAGCAGUAGCGAUGAGAGCGAUCAUGACGAAGUUCUCGAAUUGCCAUUCAUGCUCAAGCUUUUCCCUAUCCAGAUCGAAUGCCAGAAGGCUGCGGCGGUGAUUGGGAAUGACAACACAAAGGCAAUCCUCAUUGUGAGGGCCGAUUCACUUUCCGGAGUCGUUGAUGCCACAGAGACCACAACGGUGGAUCAGUACAGACAGGUGUUCAAAAUCGAGCUGGACCAUCCCGUGGUGGAAAUGCUGGACAACCUCGACUAUAAGGAAGAUCAGGUGACGCGUGCCAGACGGGAGCGGGAGAGCGUUGCCCGUGAGGCACAUCAUGCUCCCAGGAAGUCGUAUUUCCGUCAGCAAAGGCGUAAGGCGCUUAGCUCCCUGCGAAACCUGGUGCCGUACUGGCGAAGAUCUGUCGAGUCCUUCUCGAGCGAUGCUCGGACUGUACGGGGCGCUGUGGCGGCCCAUGCCCCUGGCGUCAUCCAAUGGCAAGGCUUAACACGAUAUCUCGACGAUCAGGACAUUGAUGACAAGACUCGCUGGGCGCCAGUUGAGUACGCUGCCGUUUCGACCAUUCUCGACAGCCCUGCCUGCCAGUUGACUGUGUAUUGGGAUGCCGUCAGCAAGGUGACUGAGGAUGCUCAUCGCCAGAGGCAAAUGAACCCUUCUUUGAAUAUCAAUGGACUGGAGCCGCCAGCUUGGGGAGUGCAGAUUUCGGUGAAAGGGGGGACCAUGAACUACGGACCAUGGGCCGAUCGGCAAAGGGCCGAUCUGCAACGCGUGUUUGUGCCCUCACUCUGCAAAGAUGCCACUGCCGCCGGGCCUCUUCCUGUUGGUGCAUGGAGAGUGCCUACGCAGUUUGACCUGCUGGUGGAACUUGAUGACACAGUCACGCUGCGCAUUCCAAUACGGGAAGAGUCCAAGAACUGGCGCUGGCGUGGUAAAGAGCCACUCGUCAAGCAGGAAACGGCACGAAAUACGCGCAAGCAGCGGAACAGAGGCAAGAAGAACUCCAAAAGCGAAGCGGUCCAGUCUCGACCCUCCGGCUGGCUCGAGUUCAAGAUCCCUCAAAACUCGACCGUCCGAUAUUGUAUGGACAUGGUCCCGAGCUCAGCUGGCUUCAAGACCAAGCUGAAUGUCCACUUGCCGACUACUGAGCUGUGGAGUAGUGUCAACCAUGACUUGCUCUGGCGAUCUGGCCCUCAACAAAUCUCGUGCGAUCUGUCAACUCCUCUCUCGUGGAACACGCUGCGUAACUGGCAUUUCAACGUGGCCUGCGACGGCAUGGACAUGUUUCUGCUGAGAGAUCACGUCUUCCUGAUUGUUGAUUUGGUGGACGACUGGGGAGCAGGGCCUCCCGCCGAGUAUCUCGUCUUUACCCCUUUUCUCUACCACCUCCACCUCAGCCUGCAGAAUGUGAAGAUCUAUCUCAACGUUAAUGAUGAGAACAUUAUUGACAAAGCGACGGCAAUGGAUGACAAUACCUAUCUUAUCCUUUCAAGUCCGGAAUUGAAAGCAGAGACUUGCAUACCCCUUGACAAGUUUCGACCGAGCAGAAACAGUAUUCCUUUUGAUGUUCGCGCAGACACCCUCGACUUGGCACUUCACGCCUCCCAGUCAAACACGCAUGCGAGCUUUGUCAAGUCUUCGGAACUGGGUCAUAUCGAGGGUUUGGGAGUCGUCGGAAGCUAUCAAUACAACGCCACGACAUCGCCCGCCAACACGGACACUUUGGUUUUGGAUGUCCAUGCCCAAUCACCUUGCAUCCACCUCUACGGAUUCUUGGUUCGAUACUUCAUGGUACUCAAAGACAAUUACUUUGGCGAACACGUACAUUUUAAGACUCAGGACGAGCAUCAAGAGCAACUGCAGGCCAAGUUGCAGAACCCAGAUGCCGAGUUGCCGGCUGUCCGCCCGCCUCCCAAAAAGUCCAACGAUCUCGAUGUCAUGUUGGCCAUCAAAUUGGACGAUCCUCGCCUCUUGGUACCAACGAAUAUCUACUCUGCCAAGCGCUAUCUGCAGGGCGAACUGGCCUCUUUCUCUCUAGACCUGCGUUUCACAAACUACUACAUGGAUAUGGAGCUUGAUCUCAGCCCGUUAAGCCUGUCUCUGGGUAGCUCGGAUAGCGAUCGAGACUCCCGGAGCGUGUCUUCCUCCGAUACGCAGCUGUUUAUCGAUGGCAUCCGCGUGUUUGGCCACCGCACGUUCGGCCUGCCACCAGCAGAGCCGACGUAUCUGUGUAACUGGGAUGUUUCUGUCGGCGCAGUUGCUGGAGAAUGCACAACUGACUUUGUAGCCGCCUUGACUAAGGCAGCGCCAGCAUUCGGCUUCACGUUUGACGAUGUGGAAAACGCCCUGGUUCCCUAUUCCUCUUUGGUCUUCUACGAUGUCACGUUUGUUCGUCUUACUGUUCAGUCAAUACGUCUCUGGAUACACGUGGAAGAGAGCGUCUUCUGCUUCUACACUGAUGCCAUCGACGUCAACAGCAAUGACUGGGCCCGGUCACAUUACUCUAAGCGCGCCAACAUACUCAUACCGAAUGUUCAAUUCUCGUGCAUCAACGCGGAAUCGGCAGCCAGGCACAAGUUACGUCCCCAGCACCCUGUUGAGACCCAAGCAUAUCUGAAGACGGACGUUCGGCUUGCCACCGUCGGGCGGAAGUUCAAGUUCUCAGAAGAACGCAAACUACAACAAGACCUGAUUCGUCGCGAGGAUCAGCGUACAGGCCGGACGCCGUUCCUUAUCCUCCCCGGUACAGGCGGCGAUUUUAUUCCUGAGCAGGUCGACCCUCCUGCACAGUGCAUGCCCCCCCCUCCCCUGCCCCUCGUUGAUGCGGACUACGACAAGCUCUCAGCGCCGAGUAUGAUGAGCUCUCGCUCACGGAGGGUCACGCGCCAAAACUCGUUUCUCUCCUUCUCUAGCUCUUCAAGCGGUAGCAAUGCCCGUCCGCGCAAUAAUCGCCGUGUUAAGCCUAGGCCCUCGAGGUUUGGAGACAAUUUGUCAAUACGGUCCGCAGCCAUGAAGGGUUCCCGCUCAGCAAACGAUAGGGGGCCCUCUCUUUCUCCCGGUAGACGAUCGUCCUUUUACAGCACUGUCGGCGACUUCUCCGCACAAGAGAACCCUGAACUGUCGCCUAUUGCCUUCUCGAGCCAGUAUUUCACUCCAAACUUUCCUUUAGAUGGCGUCAGGCCGGACUCUCGAGAUGCCGCUUUCCCGCCCAUUGAGGACGAAGAUUUCGAGUUUUUCAACCGACUGAAAGUGGAUUUGAGCGAUAUUGAUCCGGCCGAUCUCAGUGAAGACCAUGCUCAGUCGAGUACCAUUAUCGAAUUCCCGUCUGGAAUAAGCGCCUUUGUCACUCCUGAAGCCAUUCGCCAUGCGACCAUCUUGCUGGCCGCCUUGCAACCGUCUGAGCCCGAAGAUGUGCUGGACUCUCUCCAGUCCAGCACUCUUAGCGAGAUAUUCAAGUCCAGAAAAGAGGCGCACAUUCGUGGAGAGAUGUCUGAUCUAAUGGUCAAAGCACCCAGAAUCAACGUUCGGUUUCUAAACUCGUCAACCCUGGAUUCACCGGAUCCAUCUGAAGAAGAGCUGGACCAAUAUGACCUGACGAUCUCAAAGAUCUCGCUCAUGAAGAGAACCGCAAAGGAACAGGGCGCCGCCGACUCCAGGACAUCCAUGGACCUGCGUCUAGGCUCCAUCGAAAUGUCCGCCUCGGAGCGCCUUUCAUCUGUCCAGAAACCCCAGGCAGCCAUGAUGCUACAGAUCGAUGGUGUCAGAGUCUCGUUGGGGGCCAAGGAAAUCACGUAUUUCGAUGCCGACAUUGGCUCCGUCGUUGGAAGCACUGCAUCAGGAAAGAUUGAAUAUCUGGCUUCCUUGAUUCACCGCACGGGGAAUGUUGCCGCAGAGCUGGGCCGGCUGCUGACAGAAGUCAAUGAGCACCAUUCCACUUGCGUAAGGUACUUUGUCCUGCGUCUUUUGCAGGUGGGAGAGGCAACAAACGACCCUUCUUUCCUCAUACGCCCUUCCGCCGUUUUGCGAUCCGCAAAGCAGCACUUGAGAACGACAGACUCCUGGAAGAUGAUUACGCGACUUCGCCAGAUCUGGGAUACCAAGAAUGAGCCGGAGAAGUCUCGCCUCAUACAAGAAUGCUGGGGCCAAUCGCUGACUCUCCCAUCGGAUACAGUUCAACGUGUAGUGAGCUCUUUCGAGAGAUGGAGGAACUGGGACCUGGGGAAUGUCUCAAGCGCUCUCCUGCUGAAGAAGAUAUUCGGCGAUGUCCACACCGACGACAGACCAGAUGAUGAGUUAUAUCCUCUCCUUGGUGCCUGUAAGCUUGGCAAUAUCUGCCUUAUUCUUGAUCCGGGGCCGAAACAAAACAAGAUUGGCCUGGUGGAUCUCACUGCACGAGUCGAGAGAAAAAUGGCCGACCCUGCCGCUGCCGUUUUGAGAACUAUUCCUGUCACCGUGUUGAAUAUCUGCUGUGGCGAGGCCGGUGUCAACUUGAACUGGGAGCUUUGUGUUCUUGCCGACGAUAUUCUGCGGCUCUACAACAAGAACCAGAGCCAGGGUCCUUCUGUGCCCCUUCCUGUCCAACAGCCACUUAAACAGGUCGCAAAGGCAGCAAAGAAGAAAUCGUCUGCAUAUCAUUUAGCUCUUGAGCUGAUCAAGGGAUCCAUUGAGCUCGAGACAGUCAAUCUGAGUGCAAAGACGUUAGGCGAUGGACUCAAAGCGUCCUUGCUCACAUUUGAUACGGUGGAUGGUGCAACUCUCACAAGUCUCAUGCUCAACUGCGAUGCCGUCACCUCAAUGCUGCACAGUCAUGCUCAUCAACUUGGCAUGUCCCAGUUUCGGAGACCAAGUCUGUGUGUCUCUCAUGAGUUCCGAACAGCUGAUGAAGGGCCCGCGCACAAGAUUAAGGCGACGGCUAGUAGCCAGAGCUUGACUCUUGCCGUCAAGCAGGAUCCCAUCGGUCUCAUGGAAGUUCUCGACCUCCUCUUCAGAGACGAAAUCGCCCAGCUCUACCGCUUGAAGACUCAGUUUUCAGAGUCGCCAAAGCCGCAAACCUCAGAGGUCGAGACAGCCAAUCGCCCCUCCAGCUUCAAGAUAAACAUCGCCACGUUCCUCGAUGCUUACGAGAUCAGGCUACCUCUGAUACCAACGCUCACGUAUCAGAUCUCCGGUGUCGUGGUGCGAGCAGCGUGUGCGGCCAACUCCUCGAAAGAAGUCAUCUUUGACUUUGACAUCAAGGAGAAUUUUCAUGAGAUGCAAAUCAAUGUAAAGAACGAAUCUCGAACUAUAUCUUUGUUACAAAUACCGCCCACCAACGGACGGGUCACACUGAGCCAAGGCCAAAAGGCCGAGAGUAUCUUGAACGUGCUCUGCUCCGUGGAAGUCAUGCGCCUCGAUGCGUCGGCCAUAUAUAACCUCCUCACGGCGCUGAACCGACCACAAAUCUCCACUGCCAUUGAAGAGGUACAGCAACAGUCCAAGGCCAUACAGGAGCAUAUAGAGGACAUCUUUGGAGCCAGCGAGGACAAGAAAGUUGAGGAGAAGUCGAGCUCGAAUCUCGUGUAUGCCGUUCAUCUUACUAUGGCAGGACUGCAGGUUGCUGCCAAAACAUCGUUGAAGAAUGAUACGGAGGCAAUUGCGCACGUUCUCUUCUCCAUGGAUAAAGCAUAUUUGAGAGCGUCCAAUCGCCAUGAAGUUCACGGCCCUAUUCUGAAGUAUCCAGAGAUCCAUUUGAACCUCAGGCACGUUGGCUUCGACAUUGAAAGAGGAAAAGAGGGCAAUAUGAGGUCGUGCGGCAACUUUGGCGCGAGCUUCACAGUGUCUGCCAGCUCGAGUCCUGGGGAAGACGGCAAUGACGAGUGGUCGUUCAAUUUCAGAAGCGACGAUUUGGACGUGAGCUUGUCUCCGGAAACGACCUCGACGACUGUUGAUGUGCUGGGCUACCUUGGAACAAAGAUCAAGGAUCUAGACACCUCCCUAGAAUUGGACUAUCUGAGGAAAUUUCGACAACCGAGGCCGCGUAUCUCUCUUAAUGAUGACGAGGUCCUGCCAGAGUAUCCAGAUAUUCUUGAUUCUAUCUUGGGGUCGGUUGUGUAUCGCUUCGAACUGCGCAACAUCCGCGCUUCAUGGAACGUUGCAGAUGAAAGCGGUCAUCAGGAGAGCGAUGAAGAAGAUCUGGUGCUCUCCGUCAGGCUUAUUGAAUUUGGCACAAGGACCAAGCGAUCCGCGCGACUGGCCAUCGAAGACUUUCAGCUCCAAACUGUGCCCCCCGGCCAGGACCGGAGUAUCCGAUCUCUGCAUUCAGCGCUUCUCCCGCAAGUCAUUUUCAACAUUGCUUACUUUUCCACGCACGAUGCGCGUCGUCUGGCAUUCCAAGCUGUGGGUGCGUCCUUGGAUUUGAGAUUAACUUCGGCCUUUAUUGUCCCUGCGGCGAACUUGGUGGAAUCGAUUUCGCUGUCAGCGAAGAAUGUGCGGCGAGCAUCAGUGCAGUGGAACACCGAGGCGGCGCAGAACAACAGUAACAGUAAGAAGCCUGCGAGCGCGCCGCCGAGGACGGAGAACUCACGGAGCGCCCUUGGCAAUAAACGACUGGAGAGCUUGCUCAUGGACGCCGAUUUCGCAGGCGCGGUCGUUCAUGUAUCAAGCGCCAAGUCUGCUGCUCAUGGCUCUGCUCGACUACGCAACGACCGCCCAUCGCUGGCAGGGAAGUAUGGCCAAUUCAGUACAGACGACUCUGGAAGCGGUGCGGUACUGCGCAGUCCUGGGCUUGCGUGGAAGGCAGAAUAUCGAGACAAUGGCCGGGAUAAUCCUGCAUUGUCGGGCGAGAUCAAGAUUGACGCUUCGAGCAACAUUCUUUAUCCGUCGGUUGUUCCUCUUGUGAUGGAUAUCGUGUCGAGCGUUAAGGAGGUGGUGAGCAAAGACAAGGACAGCGAACCCGCUUCGAAGCCCGAGCCGCCAAAGAUGAAGCCUGAAAAGUCUGGAAAUGAGGACAACAUCCUCACAGCGGACCCUAGUUUGAUGCUGGGCCGUGUCAAGCUCAACCUGGGCCUGCGCAUCUACAGACAGGAAUUUUCGUUGAGCUGCCAGCCCAUAGCGCGGGUUGCCGCAACGACGAGCUUUGAAGACGUUUACUUUACGCUCAACACGGUCUCGUCGCAAGAGCACGGAAAUUUCUUUGCCAUAUCUGGUGUUCUCAACAAGCCGGCAGCUUCGGUACAGCACGUGUACUCGAGAGAAUCUACUGCCAGCUUCGAAGUCGACACCGUCACCCUUUCGUUCAUGAACAGCAAGCACGUCAGCGGGACAAGCGGAGUGUCGGCCAUCCUCAGCGUGAGCCCCAUGAAGAUUGCGGUCAAUGCCAAACAAGUACAGGACUUUUUGCUGUUCCGUGAAAUCUGGUAUCCCAAGGACCUGAGAAACGCAGACGCCGCAGCACCGUUGCCAAAGCUGGUCACGGAGACAUCGCAGGGCCAUUUGGUCCAAAGGUACCAGCAGGUAGCCGCGACAGCAGCCUUCCCGUGGACGGCAACCAUAUCCAUUGCGGCUCUCGAUGUGAGCGUAGACAUGGGACAGGCGAUUGGCAAAUCAGUCUUUCAGAUCAACAAAUUCUGGGUGUCAUCCAAGAAGACGUCAGACUGGGAGCAGAACCUCUGUCUCGGGUUUGAAAAGAUUGGUAUCGACUGUACCGGUCGCCUGAGCGGCUUCGUUGCGCUGCGGCACUUCCGACUACGAACCUCGAUCCAAUGGCCGAAGCGGGAGGAAGCACUCAACGAGACGCCCCUUGUACAGGCGUCCAUCGCCUUCAACGAGCUACGUAUCAAGGCUGCGUUUGACUACCAAGCCUUUUUGAUAGCAGACAUUACUUCGCUGGAGUUUCUGAUGUACAACGUGAGAGAUGGCAGCCAGGGUCGAGGAGACCGCCUGGUGGCAGAAUUUGUUGGCGAUGCUGUGCAGGUGUAUGGCACGUCGACGUCAGCCGCCCAGGCCGUAUCGCUCUACCAGGCUCUACAGAAGCUGAUGCAGGAGCGGAGGGAGAACUUUGAGUUGUCGCUUAAGGAGAUUGAGAAGUUUAUGAGACGAAAAUCUACAGCGACACGACUCUCCGUGUCGGCAGCCACGAGGGCUCCCAAGCUGCCAGAGGACGACACAAUGGCCAAGUCUCCGAUCUCGCUCGAUACAGAUGUGGUCGUGACACUGCGGGCACUCAACCUGGGCGUGUUUCCCAACACGUUCUACGAUCACCAGGUGUUCAAGAUGGAGGCGCUGAAUGCGUACGCGCGGUUUGCGGCCAGCAUCGAGAAUCGGCGGAUUCACAGCAUGCUGAGGAUGACGCUGGGACAGCUUCGGAUCGGACUGGCAGGCGUCAGGAACAUUGAAGCACCGAAGACGCUUAGUGAGAUGUCUGUGGAGGACGUGGUGCAGCGGGCCACGGGAUCACGGGGUGGUACGAUCCUCAAGGUGCCUCAAGUUGAAGCGGUCAUGCAGACAUGGCAAGCACCGAACAGCAACCACAUCGACUACGUGUUCAAGAGCGCCUUUGAGGGCAAGGUCGAGGUCGGGUGGAACUACUCGCGCAUCAGCUACAUCCGGGGCAUGUGGGCGAAGCACAACAAGUCGCUGGAGGAGACGUGGGGCCGGCAGCUGGGGUUGACGGCGGUCAAGAUCACGGGCGUGCCGGAGGCGGAGGAGGGCCGGCGGGAGGGCGGCGAGCGGCAGAAGAUCACGGCGGAGGUGACGGUGCCGCAGUCCAAGUACGAGUACCUGGCGCUGGAGCCUCCCAUCAUCGAGACGCCGCAGCUGCGCGACAUGGGCGAGGCGACGCCGCCGCUGGAGUGGAUUGGGCUGCACAGGGACAGGCUGCCGAACCUGACGCAUCAGAUUGUGAUUGUGUCGCUGCUGGAGCUGGCGGGCGAGGUGGAAGAUGCAUAUUCGCGGAUCUUGGGGUCGUCAUAA